AUGCACGAUGUGGUGUGGAACUCGAUGAUUUUCCAAUUACAGGACUUUCAGGAGUACAUGCAGAAGAAUCCGAUUGAGAACUCUCUCUUGUUCUCUCUCAUCGGUUUAUCGUCUCAAAGUCAGACGACGAGAGGCAUUAGCAGUGUUGGUCACGGCGAGGAGGAGUGCCAUAGGGCAAGAGCGCUCACGAUGCCGGCGAGGGAGAGGCUAGGGCCUUCUUUUAAUGUGCUUACUUCAAUGCCGGUCGUCACGACAUCGGGCAGGGGAGAGGUGACCUUUUGUGAGUUACAGCGCGCCUCUCAGGUGUUCCUACGCUAUCAGACGGAGGUGGCAGUGCAGGCGGUAAGACGGACAGCACAGGCCAUGCAGAGUCUCGCCUCGCGUCUUGCCCUCAGUCCUGCAAAUGCCUGGCACGAGUGUGCGGCCUUUGGGACGGCUGUUAAGCGGGUCCUCAAGAAUCGACAUGGUAUUCAGGCAAGUGGCGACUUGCGCCUUGAAGUUUUGAGAUUGGGCCUGUGA